AGUGGGACAAGUGUCGAUGAUUUUAUGUCCAUGCACACCAAUUUUGGUAGCUUGACCUCUUUGGUUCGUUCCGUUGAAGGUGGUCCAAUGAGCAGACUUAUUCAAGAUCAGUGCGAUUUGCAACUUGGAUUUGGUGCACAGAAGCAGCAAAUAUAUCCUAGUUUUGAGGAGCACCUUCGGAUGGCCUCAGCUGGAGCUCCGCAGUUCGGGAACAUGGGCAGACACAAUCCUAUGCCUGUGCAUGUGCCCGUGCCCGAGCCAACACUGAUGCUAGGGUAUGAGCCAACGUUGAUGCUGGGUUAUGCACCGCAGUUCGGGAGCUGCCCUCCGGUCCAGUUAGGUUGGGACCUGUCCAAGAUGGUUGGCGUGCUCCAGUCCGUAUGUGUGUGGUGCAACACAAGGUUCCAGCAUUUUGGCACGGCCGAGCAGCAGAACGAUUCUGUUGGCUUCAUUUGCCCCGCGUGCAAGGACAAGACAUCUGGUCAUCUUGGCACACUCAACAAUGGUUCAUUGCUUUAGCAUUCGAUCUCUGCUGCUGUUUUCAUCAUAUGUAGUCCGAUCUU